AUGUUGACUAAUGAAAAGUACAAUGGCCUUUUUGCCCUGACGCACAGCGACAUAACCCUUUCGCCUGAUCGCUUCUUUUCGGAGAAACCAAAGCAGCUUCAUCAAAGAGAAGUGAGAAAGAGAGAGAGGCCUCACAGCUCCACUGCAACUUAUGGACAAGGUGAGGAUAGAAGAGGUUCAGUCCACUACCAAGAAGAACCGCAUAGCCACUCAUUCCCACAUCAAAGGCCUUGGUCUUGA